AUGGCCGAUGUUCGCUCAUUACUCCGCAAUGAGCUCGCCACCCGCAAGGGCUCCUCUCAGACAGGGAGCACGGGCAACCGUGUAACCAAGAAAAGAAAGGUAGAUCCCGCAGACGACCCGAUGCGCAAGAAGAUCAGGCCGGCCGGCGCAGAACCCAAUUCCGCGGCGGGGCAUAUGACGAUACAGCCACCGAGCGCGACGGCUAUCGAGGAGGAACACGAGGAGGAGGAGCUCGAACAACUAGACGAGGAAGUCACCGGUCCCGAAGCCCCGUCAGACGCUCCCAUCGAGCACGACCCCUCCGAGCCGGUGGGACAACCUUCAGAAACCCCUGCUGGGACAGCCCCAGCACCACUUUCUCAAACCGUGGAUGAGGAUGAGUGGGCGGCCUUUGAGCGCGAGGUGGUGGCGCCAACGCGCAUGCCUCACCGGCCCGCGGCGCUGACCGCGACGGCAACCAUCUCAGCCGCGCCCCUCACCGCGGAAGAGAUCGCUGCACAGCAACAGCGCGAAUCCGAGACGAUAAGCAAGAACCGCGAGGUGGAGGCGGAGGGAGAGCGCGAGGAUGCGGCGCGCUUCAUGGAGAACGAGUUCGAUGAGAUGGAACAGCUAGAGGAGCGUCUCAAGCGCCUCAAGCAGAAGCGCGAAGAACUGCGGCAACUUAGACCUACCGAGGAUAUCAUAGUGCAGGAUAUGGAUAAAUCUCCAUCCGCUACCCCUGCGCCGCAGGAUGAGCUGGGCCACGCCGGACGCCGUCACGAGAAUGAAGAUGAACAGGAAGAAGAAGAAGAUGAUGAUGAUGAUGAUGACGACGACGACGAAGACGAAGACGAUGAUGAUUGGGACAACUGGAGGUUCCGGUAAUUGCUAAGGUCAAGGUUCAGGCGUGGGACAUAAACAAACGGCGUCAUUUCACAAAGAGGGAGGUCCAGAACUUUUCUAAAAACUUACAAUGAUACCCCAUGAGCUAUGUGCGAUCAGACAAAAUUGCUACUAAUCAUCUUAAUCCGCCACAGUGUUGGCAACGCGAGUGCUGUCCUGCUAGCUU